CCGACGCUGGGGGAAUUCGAAGUAGGGUUUUGGUUCGAAAUCAGAUAUUCCUUAGAUUUGGUCCCAGGAUCUCUCUUCCUUCAAGGUUUCUUCAAUUUUCCAUCCAAGACCCUUCCACUCUCCUCUGAUGCCACAAAAAUGCUCAGAUUGCUCUCCCCAAAACUUCACCCAUUUUUGUUUUCCGUUCAUGGCGGGGGAAGAAAAGGGGAAAUUUUGGUGCUUUGCGCGAGGAGGAAGAACAUAGAUAGCGUUAGCAGGAGCUCCAAUGGCGUCGCGUUUCCAGGCAGCGACUCUGGUAGCUUCACGGUCCCAUCCCCAUUCCAUCGCCUGGUCCGACGAGAACCUGAUUGCCGCCGUUGCUUCCGGUCACGUCGUCACCAUUCUGAAUGCAGCAUUGCUUCUCAGACCUCGAGGACUGAUAAUUGUUCAUAAAAGUGAACCUUGUUCCAUUGGGGUCGUCAAAGAAGAAGAUUUAUUAUCGGGACCUCUGCUGUCCACUUGUUUGAGUAAGGGCCCCCUUCCUUGUGUUCGAUCAAUUUCGUGGUUACCUAUUGAAAUGGCUCCUAACUCAGGGUGCUUACUGGCUAUUUGUACCUUGCAAGGACAUGUAAAGCUUUAUCGUCCCCCAUUUUGUGAUUUUUGUGCUGAGUGGAUAGAGGUAUGCAUCUGUCAUGAACUUUUUGCUGAUAAACCAAAGAAUUUGAAGUUUUAGUCUUUUAUUUCUUUUUGUUGAAAUUUAAACAUUAAACCUUCUGUCCCAAAAUUGUCUUGGUAUAUUACGGUUAGUUCUUGAAGAACUUCUUUUCUUGAGUUCAAUGUGGGUGCAAUAAUUAAAAAUUUUUUUUGCAUCCAUUAAUUUAUUAUUACAUCUGGAUAUGUUCAUAGUUGACCAAUUUGUUGACUAUGUAUUCAGUGAAAUUGACGUUUGGAAUGGAUUAAGCAUGGCUUCGAAAAUUUUCUAUGCAUCAAGCGAAAGACAUCUGCAAUACAAUCCUUUCCAAUCUAAAGUACAUAAACACUUACAAACCAUCAUACUUGGGAAAAUAAGUUAAUCAUGAAAAUUCAUUCUAAGAAGUUUAGAAAGUCUUUAGCAGACCCAAUAUUAAAUAUUCUGGAGAUUAGAUCCCUCAGCAAACUAAAAUGUCUAGACUUAUUUGACAUGCUUAUUCUUUUAAUACAGAGAUUGGUUGUGUUGUGUAGAACAAAUGACAAGCAUACUUGAUGCACAUUUGAAUAUUCUUUAUGUAGUUUGCUUCAGAAAUUAAGCUCAAAGGGUCUCUAUUUCCCCUUACUCAUAAGCUUUUUAUCUAUGGAGGAAUAGCUUCAAAUGCAGUAUUUGUAUCGGACUGUGUAAUUUGUUUUUUCUAUCCUUCCUGUAGACUUUUGAUAUAGCAGACAGGCUUUAUGAUCAUCUUGCGAGGAUUAGUGAGCAAGGCAUUCCUUAGUAAUUUCUGAUGUAAGUUAUUGUAUCUACUACAUUAGGAUGAACCAAGCUCUCUGUAGCUUGCUAACUUAUACCAUAUUAUAAUAUUUCAACCCUUUCUCGAUAUGUUUUUAUAGUCCCAUCAGCCGUAUAUAUGUUCAUAAACCUCCUAGUGUAUUUAUUUCUUGUAGACUUUUGAUAUAGCAGACAGGCUUUAUGAUUAUCUUGCAAGCAUUGUGGUUGCUAUUUAAGGAAUGAAAGUUAUGGAGAUUU